GUGCCCAACGGGGAAAGCGAGUCAGGUCCCUCGCGCUCCCCGCCCCACGCACGUGACCAGAGCGCGCUGGCCCGGCCCACCCGGGGCGGUUGUGGUCGCUAUACAUAAGGUGGGGAGGCCGCCGGCCCGUUCGGUUCCGGGCGUUACCGUCCGUGCGCACCGCCCCGCGUCCAGAUUUGGCAAUUCUUCGCUGAAGUCAUCAUGAGCUUUUUCCAACUCCUGAUGAAAAGGAAGGAACUCAUUCCCUUGGUGGUGUUCGUGACUGUGGCGGCGGGUGGAGCCUCAUCGUUCGCUGUGUAUUCUCUUUGGAAAACCGAUGUGAUCCUUGAUCGAAAAAAAAAUCCAGAACCUUGGGAAACUGUGGACCCUAGUGUACCUCAAAAGCUUAUAACAAUCAACCAACAGUGGAAACCCAUUGAAGAGUUGCAAAAGGUCCAAAGGGUGACCAAAUGACCAGCCCUUGCCUCUUUCUUCCGAAGAGUACUCUAUAAAUCUAGUGGAAACAUUUCUGCACAAACUAGAUUCUGGACACCAGUGUGCGGAAAUGCUUCUGCUACAUUUUUAGGGUUUGUCUACAUUUUUGGGGCUCUGGAUAAGGAAUUAAAGGAGUGCAGCAAUAACUGCACUGUCUAAAAGUUUGUGCGUAUUUUCUUGUAAAUUUGAAUAUUGCAUAUUGAAAUUUUUGUUUAUGAUUUAUGAAUGUUUUUCUUAAAAUUUACAAAGCUUUGUAAAUUAGAUUGUCUUUAAUAAAAUGCCAUUUGUGCAUGGUU